GACUCCACUCCAUAUCUUAUUAACGGCAGCGCUACAAUGUGGCUGCUUGCGGAUGGAUACGUGAAGAUCGAUAGCAAAGCAAUACAGCGCGGUUCGCGAAAACGAGAUUUUAAAGUUCAAAACGCCUGUAAAUAAACUGAUAAAUAAACCCAGUGUUAACGUGGGAGCAAAAAGUCUGAAAAGAAGCGACUCAACAGGUCGAGAACUCGUCUAGACAGAAGGGCAGGAGUGAGUAACAUACGCAACAAAGCCGCGCAGUGAGCACAACAACAACCGGUACACCUUCCUUCUUCCUCCACAGCGGUCUCCAUUUUAACUCCUCGCCCAGCCUGCACCUCACGUGUCCUGGACUGUCUUUCUCACAUGACCCGUGUGUUUGUCCCCGUGAUCAGCACUUCCAUCUCCCGUAUUUCAAGUGCCGCUGAAUAUCGCAUUUUAAAAUCCGUUCGCCUUCAUGGAUAUGCUCGAUCAGAGCUUGGACACCUCGACGAGUCACGAGAAACAGGAAACAGAGGAGGUUGUUCAGCUGCAGGAGGGAGAGGGGGUGGGAGCGGAGGAGCAGGCAGCGGUUACCAUAGCGAGUGUCCAGCAAGCAGCAGCCUUUGCAGACCACAAUGUUCAGUACCAGUUCCGGACAGAGAACACUGGUGGACAGGUGACAUAUCGUGUGGUCCAGGUAACAGAGGACCAUUUGGAAGCAGCAGGAGAUGGAGGAGCGGCAGUCAGUGUAGUGUCCACAGCUGCCUUUGCGAGCGCACAGCAAGCAGUAGCACAGGCUGUCAUCCAGAACCCUUUCAGUAAUGGAGGCAGUCCAGUGGGGGAAACGGUGGGGGGAGAGACACGCUUUGCCUACUUCCCAGCAGCAACUGUCAGUGACGGUACAGCUGUCUCAGUGCAGGCCACGUCUGAUCCGACCCUCACACAGGCUGGAGGUCAGUUUUACGUGAUGAUGAGUCCACCAGAUAUUUUACAGACUGGAACACCACGGACCAUUGCCCCUCGUACACACACUUACUCUACAGACCUUGGUGAACGUGAGACUCUUCAACACAGCAGAUCAGACUGGAAAAUUGAUGGCCCCCGGGCACCUCGUGAUGAGAGAAGGAGAGCACAGCACAAUGAAGUGGAAAGGAGAAGAAGAGACAAAAUCAACAACUGGAUUGUCACACUGUCUAAAAUCAUCCCAGACUGCAAUAUGGAGAGUACCAAAACAGGAGCAAGUAAAGGAGGCAUCCUGUCUAAAGCAUGCGACUACAUUAGAGAACUCCGACAGACUAACCAGAGGCUGCAGGAGAGCUACAAGGAGGUGGAGAGAAUACAAGUGGACAAUGAGCUACUAAGACAACAGAUCGAAGACCUGAAGAAUGACAAUGCACUGCUCAGAGCUCAACUACAACAACACGGCCUGGAAAUAAGUGAAACUACAUCACAGUGACAAAAAACAACAAAAAAAACAUUCUCACGAAUAAAAAAGUGAAAGUGACGUGACACAGUCUCAAGUGGAGAAAUAAACCCUCAAUGACUCACUUG